AUGCACAGAAUUCCAACCUUCUGUUACCGGCAUCCAACCUGUUUUCAACACAGAUUCGUAACAACAACAACGACAAGCACAACCGCCACCACAACGACAAGCACAACUACCACCACAACAACAAGCACAAUUACCAUCACAACAACAAGCACAACUACCACCACAACAACAACAACAACAACAACAACAACUUCAACAACUUCAACAACAACAACAAUAACAACAACGAUGAACACAACAAAACAAACAACAACAACAAUAGCAACAACAACAACACCAAUAACAACAACAACAACAACAACAACAACAACGAUGAACACAACAAAACAAACAACAACAACAACAACAACAUCGAUGCACAACAGCACCAAACCAUAG